AUGCAAGGCUCUGAAGAUUCUCGAGAUCUCGUCUCUGGCAGCAGCGCGGGGGGUACGCACGUGUCUGAACAGCACACUGGACCUUUGGAAGAUGUUGGUCACGCCGAUCCCUGGUGUACGUACACUCCAGCGCAGCGCAUUGCAGUGUCGUGCGGGCCCCCCGACAGGCGCCGUGCCUUUGUUUGCUGUCCUUGCUGGCUGCAAACCCGUGUGCUUUGGCCAGCCUCCGCGUUGGCUGCCGAGGGCCUUGCGGUCACUUUAGCGGAGAGGAAACUGGGGGAACUUGGCCCGCUUUUAGGCGCGAAACAUGUGUCCGUUUCUUUGGCACCGCGGGCCUGCGGCCAGCCAAGCCUCUCCGAGGACAGCGACGCUGAUGAGGUGUACAUACACUCGAACGAGGGGCGGAUUGACGACGCCGUGGACCGUGCAGGCAUCCACAGAAGCGAGCUUCCAUGUGUGUCCCCACGAAAGCACGCCUCGGUGUCAGAAGGAAACGGCUACGCUUCUUUAUCUAGUGAAGCAGGGGGGGAAAGAACCCAAAGAGGCUUUGAAGGGGGGAGCCCAAGCGACAGCAGGACCGAAGGCAGAGAAAGGCACACGGCAGGAAGAGGCGCAGAUGAGGGUGAAAAACGAGAGAGAAGCGAAACCGGUUCGUGGGCGUCGCUGCCUCUGUUCCGCCUGCAGCGCUUGAACCUCUACACCACAACGCAGCGGAUGCUGUCGUUGGAAGAAAGGCAGGCGUUGCUGGACGCCCUCAGAAAGGCUCUUUCGGAGCGGCAGAAGGCCCCGGGACGUGCGGGCGCACCGCGCACGAUCUCCACGCUUGAGGGUGCCGAGAGGGGAGGAGAAACAGGACAAACCUCGCAGGCAACAAGCGGGGAAGCAGCACGUGCACGGGGACAGCAGCCUGGCGAAGAAGCCCGAGACCGCGAGGGAUCGCAAGCGCACACGCAAGCACCCAAAGGGGAGGAAGGGCAAGACGCAGCCACUCUGGCCUUUGUCAUGCUCGCCAGUCCGUCCGCAGUGUGGAGCUGGGUUGCGAACGGACUUCCUCUGGAAGAGUCCCAUCUGCAUGCGCCGGUGUUUCCUUCGUAUACAGCGAUCCACGCCGGAGCCAAGCAAAUCAUCACGGCCCCUGGCCGAAAAAAGUCGUCCGGCCGUUCGUCUGCCUCCGCUUCUCCCCCUGCCUCUCCAUUUUCUUCCUCUCCGCCGGCUCCUCAGGGCUCACAUGCGUCAGCCGAGAGAACGACGCAGCCUCGCGCGGAUAUCAGCCACGUGUUGUCCACGGAAGCAGACUUUAUGCGUCUGCUGGAGGAAUGCAAGAGCAGCCUCAUUGAAGGACGCGAAGCAGAGAAAAGGCGGAAGCGCGAAGCGCAGAAACUCGUGGCUCUUGCGAUCGGCCCGACGACUGCGGCCGCCGCCCGCCACGCAGGGUUUGCCAAGGUCGUUGCGGCUUCUCAGCCGGGUCUCGUGAACUGGACCGAGACGCUUUUUCAGGUGAUCGAGAACCACAUCGAAAAAGAAAAGGAAAACAGAACAAGGGACGAGGGCUGCAACGCGCAGGAGGGUGAAGGCGACGUCGAUGCAGCAAGCAGAGAGGCGGAAGGUGGAGAGGAAGAAGACGGAGGCGCUUGCCGCUUCAAAACGACGAAGCCGGCAAAAGUUCAUGUGCUUGUUCUUUUAACGAGAGAAGAAGGAAAAAACAUGGAACUGGUGAACUUCCUGAGGAACAAAGGAGUCCCUGUCGAUUUCUCUACCCUCAAUAACGCACUCCAAGCUGACACAGAGGCCGCCAAGAACCAAGCAGACGAAAAGCAAACUUCUUCCCUUCUCGCGCCUUCUUCAUCUCCUUCGUCUGUCCCCUCUACCUCUCCCUCUUCUUCUCCAAAUGCGUCGGCAGCCUCUGCUUUGAGAGGGUGCGCCGGCGGAGGGGAGGAGCGUACCGUCGUGGCCGGAGGUAGCAAAGGCGGAAGCAGCAUCGCGAGCAGGGAAUGGGAGACAGGAGGAGUGGGAACAGAGACAGGAGGAAUGGGAACCGAGAAAGGAAGCGUGAUAGGGGAGACAGGGCAUGGUCGUGGGGGCGGGGACUUACACAACAUUGUCAUGAAGGUCGUUGAAGUUCCUCUGCUUAGAACCGAGGCCUCACGUGGGGUCUUUAAGAGGGAUCAGGCAAUUUUGGAGGAUUUGCUGGCCUCGAACGUCAUGGCGUCUCUAGAGGCACGUGCGACCCACCGAACGGAUCAGUCGCCGCAGUGA